AAAAUAUUAAAAUCGACGCCUUUGUCAAUCUCCUUGAUAUAAAAAUGUCUUACGGUCGAUAAGUCCUUCAGUUAUACUGCAAAAGUAAUCAUCGAUGUUUCACUUUAAGAGUCAUACAAACAAUUCAUUAUUACGAAUAUUGUAAAAUAAAUAUGAAUUUUAUCACAAGUUUGUUUUUUAUAUUUUCCAUAAAUUUAUUAAAAACAAAUGGUUCACCUCAAAUAACAAAAUUAGUGCCACUGGAUGACUGGGUUGCCUUCAAAGAACGCACUAGUCAAGUUAACCCGUUGGAUAAAUUUUUUGGAAAAUUACGAGCAACUUAUGACUUUAUAUUUCACAGACCCGACAAUGUCAGUAAUGUUGAAAAAAUAAUUGCCGAUGACAAAUCAUGGGCUACUGAAAAUUCAAAUAAUAAAAAUCACGAUAGAUUAAUUACACCGAUGUUGCCACUAUUCAAUCACAUUGUUUUUAAAAAUAAUAAUAGUAAUAAGAAAAGUGAAAUUGAUAUGAACAAAAAUUUAUACAUUAGAUUGUACCCGGAAGAAAAUUUAAUGUCAACACAUGAAAGUUCAAUAUCUCGCAUAUCGAAAGAUGAUGAAUGGCCGGAUGAUGUAGAGACUGUAGAACCAUUGAGUCAAGUAGAAAUUGAUAAUGAGAAUAUUGAUAGAUCAGUUGAAGCUGUCACACCAUCACAAUCGAGCUUUCAAUUUCCUAUUGCUGUUGUUCGUGCUUUUGCCAAGUGGCUUGAAUCCAUUCUCAGUUACACACAUCAAGCCUACUCAGCAUUUGCUCAAAAAAAUAAUUAAUUUGUUUGCUAGCCUAGUUUUACUCAAUAUUCGAGUGUUUUAAAUUCAAUUAAAAAUAUUUAAUUAAAUGAUAAAUCAAUUAAAUUGUGGUAAAUUUGUGUAAUCGUUGUACUUAAUAAAUAAAAUUUAAUCGAUACUAUUUUAUAUAUAAA